CAGAGCGCAGCCUGCGCCUGGACGGGGGGCUGGUGGGCAUGGCUCAGAGAUGGGGGAGCUGCCUGCCCCACUGAGGAGGAAGUGGAACUGCUGGACCCCUGCCCUCCCCCGGAGCUGCUGAGCUCAGCACCCCUUUCCUCGGCAUUUCGCGCCUCGGGCUACCCCGCUGGGUCGCCAUGUCCGGGGCCAUGAAGUUCAACGGGUACAUGAAGGUGCGGAUUGGCGAGGUGGUGGGACUGCAGCCCACCCGCUGGUCCCUGAGACACUCGCUCUUCAAGAAGGGCUACCAGCUGCUGGACCCCUACGUGGCGGUGAGCGUGGACCAGGUGCGGGUGGGACAGACCAGCAUCAAACAGAAGACCAACAAGCCCACCUACAAUGAGGAGUUCAGCACCAGUGUCACCGAUGGCCGGCUGUUGGAGCUGGCCGUCUUCCAUGACACCCCCAUCGGCUAUGAUGACUUUGUGGCCAACUGCACUCUGCGCUUCCAUGAUCUCUUACACAUCACGGGCAGUGCUGACAGCUUCGAAGGCUGGGUGGAUCUGGAGCCAGAGGGAAAAGUGUUUGUGGUAAUCACUCUUACAGGCAGUUUCACUGAAGGGACCCUCCAGAGAGAGAGAAUUUUUAAAAAUUUUACUCGGAAACGCCAGAGGGCUAUGCGAAGAAGAGUACAUCAAGUCAAUGGGCACAAAUUUAUGGCUACCUAUUUGCGACAGCCAACAUAUUGCUCCCACUGCAAGGAAUUUAUCUGGGGAGUGUUUGGGAAGCAGGGAUACCAGUGCCAAGUAUGUACCUGUGUUGUACACAAGCGUUGCCAUCAUCUGAUUGUUACAGCCUGCACGUGCCAAAACAAUAUUGACAAGACAGACACCAAGGUUUCUGAACAAAGAUUUGGAAUCAACAUUCCCCACAAGUUUAGAAUCCACAACUAUAAAGUACCAACCUUUUGUGAUCAUUGUGGGUCUUUGCUGUGGGGGAUAAUGCGGCAAGGACUGCAGUGUAAAAUGUGUAAAAUGAAUGUACAUAUCAGGUGCCAAGCCAGUGUGGCACCCAACUGUGGAGUGAAUGCUGCCGAACUGGCGAAAACCUUAGCAUGCAUGGGACUGCAGCCAGGAACUAUUUCUCCAAAUUCGAAAUUAGCUUCCAGGUCCACGCUGAGGCGCCAAGGAAAAGAAAGUCCAAAAGACAGCAACAGUGUGAGUGGAAGUUCAGCAAGCAAACUUGGGAUCAAAGACCUAACCUUUAUCCGAGUGUUGGGAAAGGGCAGUUUUGGGAAGGUGAUGCUUGCCAAAAUGAAGGCGACCGACCAGCUGUAUGCAGUGAAGAUACUGAAGAAGGAUGUUAUUAUCCAGGAUGAUGAUGUGGAAUGCACCAUGACUGAGAAGCGUAUCCUAUCCCUGGCAAGAAGCCAUCCAUUCCUUACUCAGCUUUUCUACUGCUUUCAGACUCCCGAUCGCUUGUUCUUCGUCAUGGAGUUUGUGAAUGGUGGGGACUUGAUGUUCCAUAUUCAGAAGUCCCGUCGCUUUGACGAAGUUCGAGCCCGCUUCUAUGCUGCAGAAAUUAUUUCAGCCCUCAUGUUUCUCCAUGAGAAAGGCAUCAUUUAUCGGGAUCUGAAGCUGGAUAAUGUGCUGCUGGAUCACGAGGGCCACUGCAAGUUGGCAGAUUUUGGCAUGUGCAAAGAGGGGAUUCGCGAUGGAAUUACGACAGCAACGUUUUGCGGCACGCCAGACUACAUUGCUCCAGAGAUUCUGCAGGAGAUGCUCUAUGGUCCUGAUGUAGAUUGGUGGGCUAUGGGGGUGCUGCUUUAUGAGAUGCUAUGUGGCCAUGCCCCUUUUGAAGCAGAGAAUGAAGAUGACCUCUUUGAAGCCAUCCUGAAUGAUGAAGUUACUUACCCAACCUGGCUCCAGCAGGAUGCAGUAGCGAUCUUGAAAGCGUUUAUGACCAAGAACCCCAACCUGCGUUUGGGCAGCCUGGCUCAGGGUGGAGAGAACGCUAUCCUAAGGCACCCCUACUUUAAAGAAUUGGACUGGGACCUCCUGAACCAGCGCCAGAUGGAACCGCCCUUCAGACCUCGAAUUAAAUCCAGAGAAGAUGUCAGUAAUUUUGAUCCUGAUUUUGUAAAAGAAGAACCAGCUCUAACUCCCGUCGAAGAAGGGAUUCUUGCCAUGAUUAAUCAAGAAGAAUUUAGAAACUUUUCAUACACUGAUCCAGAAUUACAGCCAUAGUCUCAUGGAAAAAGUUGUGCAAGGUAAUGAUAGAACAUGACCGAAGAAGUGAAAAUUGGAAUGACCAGGAAUUUCAUUCUCAAGGAAUACACUGAAACAGCCUUAUUAUGCAACAGCACCGACAACAACGUUACCUUAAUGUGAAAUUAGGAAAAAAAAACCUCCAGGAUUUGUGCAGCUCUGAUAUCAAAUAUUUAGAGGGCUGGAAUAAACAUGGUAUCAAAACUAGUCAAUGCGGACGGACCGUUUAAUGCCGAGAUAUUUGGUUCAGCACAAAUCUGACUAGUUGCAAUUUGCAAUGAGUUUGAGGAAUUGGUGUGAGCACGACAUGAGCAUGGUCUUGCAGCUCUGAGCCAAACAGACAUUUUGCAAUAUUGCCCUUUGCAAGACUCAGCUUUGAGGGAUCCAGUGCUGCUUCCUCUUUGGAGACAUGGGAAAGAACUAGCCUCCACUGAGCUCAUUGAGCAAGAUGGUCCAUGUGGCGCUACCUGUUUCUGAAGUAUUUAUUUCUAUCCUAACAACAAAUGGCUCUUUGAACCUGUUUUGGGCUUCCAUGUAAAAUAUUUCACUGUGCAAACUAGCAAAAGCAAAAAAGUGUCACACACACCCCUCCCCUCUCCCCGUCUUCCAAAACGGAGCGAAGCCACUUGUAAGCUCAGUGUUUUAGUAUUUGUGUGAUAUGAAAUGUUUUAGCAUUUGCAUUCUGUGAAAUGCUCUUUUGCAUCAUGCACCCUUUCUCUGCGUACCAGCUGUUUUCAACUAACAUAAUGUGCGUGAAAUCUUGCCAUUUACUUAGACAGAUUGUAUUUAAUUAUGUUAUACAGAGCCCCUUUUGUGAAUUCACUGGCUCAUUAAAACAUUGAUGGAAAAUAGUAGAUCUUAAAUUAUUUGUGGUGUUAUUGUGAUGGGAGCGGCAAAACGGGCAAGCUGUUUGAAAGUAGAAUUGUCAAAUAAACAAUGACAUAAAAGGACAAUACUCUUCCCUUUUGAAGGAUACAUCUUCAUUGAGACUGAAGGAGAGAAUUGACCUAGUUUGGUUUGGAUUGAAGAAUUUAUUGAGAGGAGAUACCUUAUCAAUUUUAGCAUUAAAUGCAUGAGUCAUAGUCAAGCUGAUACAGUGCUGGAAGCAGCUUCUAUUAAUCAGUCACUCUGUUAGGAAAUUCAGACGUGCUUUACCCUGCACUUCAGGAAGCUGGACAGAUUCCAUGUCCAUUUCCAAUGCUGACUUCUUUAGCAAUUGCUAGAUUUCAGGCUACAUAUCAGGGUUAGAAUCUUUUUUCUUGAGGAUUUGCCUACCUUUUGGGCAGAUACCAGUUAGUGGGAAGGGGAAGUAUGUUUUAAAAAGCUUGCAAGGCUACUCAUGUCUUUGUAUUAUGAGUCACAAGUUUUAAACUGAAAAAAGGGUCAUCCAGCAGGGACUGUCUGUGUUCUCAUGUCUGGUCUACAGACUGACACUGUACCUGAUGUUAGUUAGGGUUGUACCUUUUUUUCCUCCUUGCUGAUAGUCGCACUAAUGUAACCCUUAGUAUGGAUGCAAUUCUUCCAGUAUAAAAGUUCUUCCUGUACAGGAAUAAAUUAUACAGAUCUAAGCUCUUAUAUACCAAUAUAACUGCAUUCAUACUUGGGGGGUUGUGCUACUUUAAUUAUGCUGGUGUCGUUACAGUGCUACAAGGUGGGUGUGUAGACAAGGUUUUACAGUCCUAUCCAAAGCCUAUGAAGUCCAGUGGUGUCCUUUCUUUGACCUCCGUGGUCAUUGGAUCCAGGCCACAUCCACCACAGCAGCAUCUGAGCAGUGUUAAAAUUGGAGAUUCUCUUUCUAACAGACGCUGCAGGCACCAAAUCAAUAAAAAAGAUCCAUAAACUUUACUUUCCGCUCUGGAAGGAGGGCUUCAGCAGGCAGCUUGUGGCACACGGUCUGUAGGCAGGGCCUUUGGCCGCUAGUCCCACUGGAGAUAAUUGUAGAGUAACCUCCUGGGAAAAUCUGCGCCGGGAGGGUGAUUCAUGACAUGGCUCCUUCCCCAGCUCACUUUUAUUGCUAGGACUGCACCGCUGAACAUUCACGGGCCUCCUCAGCGCUGUCCCCAGGGGAGGUGAGUGCAAAGUCCAGGGCAAUCCAGCCCCUGUUCCACCCUUUCCACCAAGUCCUGCCCCUGCUCCGUCCCCUCCCACCUCCAUUGUGCCCUCUCCCUCGAGUGACAUGACCUGAGGGAUGACUGGGGGGCCUGGCACUGACCAUAGGAAUCAGCCCUGCUCCCCUCCACAGCAGCAAGAAGCAGAGCAACCCAGCCCCAGCCAGCUGCGCUCCCCCGAACCUAGUUCCCAGCCACAUCGCUCAGCGGAGCAUAGUACACUGGCCAGGGCAGACUGCUUCUCACCGCCACGGGGAAGUGGAAUGACGCAGCUGAGUCACUCUGCUUCCCACAGCUUCCGCCACCACUAGUGAGUGCGAGGGCAGACCUGGCCCCUGCAGCCAGCGCCAGGCCCCCCAGUAAUUCUCCAGGCCACCCUAGGCUUUCUGGGGGCCCUUAAAGCAGGGAUUGACCCCAGACUAUCCUAUAGAUGAGAUGGCUCUGGGCCUCGUGGGAUGAUUAGAGCUGCCAAAUCACCCGUAAACAUCAAACCUUACUAUUGUAUCGCUGUGUUAACAGGACCCCAGCCUUGGUACAGUAGCUGGGGAUGCCACUGAUUGUAAGAAGAAUGUGGAAAAUCCAACUUAUAUUGAUGUACCCUCUUGAAAUCUGUAGUCUGAGAGCAUUGGCUAUGAAUGCAAGGAACAGGCCAUUGUGACAUGGUUUCCGAUGUUCAUUUCACAAAAAUCUCUGCUAAUGAGGGAAUAGGAGUAUCUCUAAGAGCAUUUCGCACCAUCCUGGAGAGAGACCUGCAGGAAAAUUUCUCCCCUUGUACAGCCAGUUUUUGGUUGGUCAUUCAC